AUGGGUACGAAACUUUCAACUAUAUUACAGCCGAACGAGCAGACUAGUCUUCUCAGAGACGGGCAACCCAAUCCAUAUCCGGAGACACCCAACCCUAGAAUAAGGCAAUCCCAUUAUGACCCGGCAGUCGAACAGGAACGAGAAGAGCGUUUAUUGCAAAAUAUAGUCCAGCAGACAGAAGAAAAUUUGAUUGUUAUAUCUACCGCUAAGCCGGAACGAUUACUACAACAGGAUGCCAUUGAUCGCGCUAAUGAAUACAAGGAGCUGUUAAGCUCGGUUAAACUUGAUAACGAUGCUUUGCAACAACUGCACGAAAAAAUAAACACACUUACGAGACAUCAGAGACUAUCUUCAAUAACAAUAGACGAAACGACAGAAAACCAAAAAACCCCUUAUGAUAUUUUGAGCGAAAAUUCGAUUACUGAAGAAGAGGUCAAGAUGUUGUCCGAAGCAUUAGAUGAAGCUAACGCAGCAAUGCAGCACUUUGAGAUUGAAUAUGUAAGUGAUCUAGUGGUACCGCUGACAUGGGUAUCCUCUACUCCCGUUCACUAA